AUGGAGUGUUCUCUGAUUCACUCACUUGAUUCUCUGUACAAUAUUUCUCUCCCUCCUCUAUUCUUUUUCCUUCACUGUCUCUCCCUCUCUGGUUCCCUUGCUCUUUCCCACCAGCUGGGUGUCGUGGAAACCGAAGGUGGACGUGUGGAGGGUACCUUCAAACGGGAUGGAUUGUUUUCAUCUGUGGACAUUUUCAAAGGAAUUCCUUUUGCUGCCCCUCCAAAGCGAUUUGAGAAAGCUGAACCACAUCCCGGGUGGCCUGAUAUAUUGAAGGCUAAAAAAUUCAAACCCAGGUGUUUCCAAACAACUUUGACACAGGAUUCUGUUUUUGGGAGUGAAGAUUGUCUUUACCUGAAUAUUUGGGUCCCACAUGGGAAAAAAGUGUCCACCAAUUUGCCCGUUAUGAUUUGGAUCUUUGGAGGAGGUUUCUUGAUAGGAUCAGGGCAGGGAGCCAACUUCCUGAAGAACUACCUGUAUGAUGGACUGGAGAUUGCAACCCGAGGCAAAGUCAUUGUUGUGACCUUAAACUAUCGGGUCGGUCCACUGGGGUUUCUCAGUACAGGUGAUGCCAAUGCACCAGGUAACCAAGGUUUGUGGGACCAGCACAUGGCCAUUAGUUGGGUAAAAAGAAAUAUUGCUGCAUUUGGUGGAGACCCAAAUAAAAUCACUAUCUUUGGAGAGUCUGCAGGAGCUGCUAGUGUCUCCCUCCAGACAUUGUCACCAUACAAUAAAGGAUUGAUAAAGAGAGCAAUUUCACAGAGUGGGGUUGCUACUUGUCCCUGGGCAAUUCAGAGGAACCCGUUACAUUGGGCACAGCAGCUUGCUGACAAGGUUGGCUGUCGAAGGAAUGACUCUGCUGCCAUGAUGGCUUGUCUGAAGGUCACGGAUCCCAAGUCUGUCACUUUGGCAAUUCCUCUAAAACUUAUAAAAUCGGAAAAUCCUCUUAUAUUCAACAUGGUAUGGGUCCCUGUCAUCGAUGGAGACUUCAUUCCUGAUGAGCCAAAGAAGCUCUUCCACAAUGCUGCUGGUAUUGAUUACAUCGCUGGUAUCAACAAUAUGGAUGGACAUAUUUUUGCUGGCCUGGAUGUUCCUUCAAUCAAUAAGGCUGGAAAGACCUAUCCGAGUGAUCUGUAUAAUCUCAUUCGAGGGCUCACUGUUGACACAAAAGGACAAGGCGUCAACAUUACUUAUGAGGAAUAUACCAAGAACUGGCCUUCCAAUCCAAGCCAAGAGACUAUUAAAAGGACAAUAGUGAAUCUGGAAACAGAUGUCCUCUUCUUGGUGCCCACACAACUGGCACUGGAUCUUCAUUAUCAACAUGCUCAGGGAGCACAAACAUUCAGCUACCUGUUUUCUUACCCUUCCCGGGCUCCUAUAUAUCCCAAAUGGAUGGGCGCUGAUCAUGCAGAUGAUCUCCAGUACGUCUUUGGAAAACCAUUUGCCACUCCGCUUGGGUACCGAUCAAAGGACAGAGAUGUCUCAAGAAACUUUAUUGCCUAUUGGACCAACUUUGCCCACACAGGUGAUCCUAAUAGGGGUGAAUCCCAAGUUCCCACUUCAUGGAUCCAUUAUACAUCAACAUACACCCAGUAUUUGGAAAUUAACAAUGACAUCAACAUGAACUCUGUCAAGCAGCGGCUUGGCUACGAGAGUGUUAACUUCUGGAACCGGACAUAUACUGCUUUGAUCACUCCUUAAACCUGCGCGGAAGGGUUUGAUCAGUGCACAACUCUGAAAUAAACCAAUAAUUUUAGACCUCAUCUUUUAGAUGUUUACCUUUGUCUUACUGGUUAGAUUGACCCACCUGCAUUCAUGAAUAGACUACCAGCUAUAGAGUAGAGAAUUUUCCUUCUCAUCCCACCUACCUCAAUGAAAGAUUUUACUCAAGACCAGUAAAUUGAAUCCUUCCCUUCCCAUUGACCAUUAAGGUAACAAUGAAGGGAAUGGAUAGCACAUUCCACAUUGGGACAGCCAAGUUUCUGUAUGGUUGGUACUUCCCAUUUCAUAAAGUACAAUCAAUCAAUCUCAGCUCAAGUAGUAAAAAAGACUUGCAUCAUAUAGCAUCUUUUCAUGACAUUAAGACACCCAAAAGUACUUUACAGCUAGGAGUGUAACGGUACUAUUGAGGGAAACACAGAAGCCAAUUUUCAUAGAUGUUCAUUUUUCAAUUAUGUUAAUAGGAGAUAAUCAUGGUGAGGCAGUGGUGAUAUUUGUCAUCUCCAACAUCAGGGCAAUCAAUUAGGAAUGGGCAAUGAUGAUCGCAUCCUUUCAAAUAUUGCCCACAGCCUGAAAAUACAAAAGGAAAAAAAGGUCUCAAAGCAGUAAAUGUUCCACUUAGCCUUUGCCAAGGUUUCUUCAAGAUGGUUUAUGUGGUGAAUAAGG